AUGAAGUGGCCUGUGCUCCUCGGGCUGGUGGCCCUCUCAGAGUGCAUAGUCAUAAUCCCUAUGACAAAGAUGAAGACAUUUCAAGAAACAGUCUUGGAAGAAAUUAUGGCAAAACAUUUCCUGGAGGAACAAUCUUAUAGCCUGCCCCAGGACACUACUCUUGACCACAACUUCUCAUCUCACCCCCUGAGGAACUUCUUGAAUAUGGCCUACAUCAUCAACAUCACCAUUGGAACACCGCCUCAAGAGUUCAGUGUCAUCAUUGACACCAGCUCGUCUGACUUGUGGGUUUCCUUCAUCCACUGCCAAGCUCCCUCCUGCUCUAAACACUUGAGAUACAACCCUAAGACGUCCAGCAGCUUCCAAUCUGACGAGGGGAAACCCAUCAAACUCAGUUAUGGAUCUGGAAGCAUAACGGGAGUUCUUGCCACUGACACGGUUCGGAUUGGGCGACUUAUUGCCAAGUCACAGACAUUUGUCCUCAGCAUGAACCAGCUCAGUGGGGCCUUGGAACAUGCACCUUUUGAUGGCAUCAUGGGCUUAGCCUACCCCAGCCUCGCCAUCCAAGGGACCACCCCCAUCUUCGACACCCUGAAUAAAAACGGAAUCAUUUCUGAGCCUGUCUUUGCCUUUUUCAUAAGCAGCUGGCCGCAGAAGAGCAGCUUGCUGAUGCUUGGUGGGGUGGAACAUGCCUACCACAAGGGAGCUCUCAAGUGGGUACCGGUGACCCAAGCCGGCUUAUGGCAGAUAACUGUGGACCGCAUCUCCAUGAAUAGAAAAGUGAUUGCUUGUUCCGGCGGAUGUCAGGCCAUUUUGGAUGUCGGGAGCCCAUAUUUGUUUGGCCCAACUGACAUAGUCAGAAGCAUCCAGAGGAGCAUCAACCCCAGCCCCCUCCAGAAUGAGCAGCGAUUGAUUUUGUGUAACCGUACCAUGACCCUGCCUCCUGUUAUCUUCACCAUCAAUGGCAUGGACUUGCCAGUGUCCCGUAGAUACUACAUCCAGAAGAUUUCUGAAGACAUCUGCUUUAUAACCUUUAAUGGGGGCACAGAAAACAUAAGCCCCUCAGAGACCUGGGUCCUGGGUGACAUCUUCCUGAGAGCAUAUUUCACAGUUUUUGAUCGGGGAAACAAUAGGAUUGGCCUGGCUCGCUCAGUGUAA